AAUGUGUUUACUGUUUUUAUGGUGCCUGACUGGAAUUUUCAACAAGAUUUUGUGCCAUGAAUAGAAAUAAAAGGAAAGGAGUAUAUUAUGAUAAAAGGAAAUCAAUAAAUACACAAGAAUCGAGUAAUCCUUUAGCAAAGUUAACAUACCGUGAAUUACAAAUAGAAGCAGUCAAAAUAAAUUUACCAGCAAAUUUAUCGCACAAAAUGUUAUUGUCAUUGAUAAUUGCUAAAAAUACUGGACGUGAAGAUGUGGUGCGUUUAAUUAUGGAUGAUAGAAGGGUCAGGAAAAGAAUCAAGUCCAUGAAUGAAGAGAAUAUAGAAGCCAAACGCCGAAAGGAAUCAAAUGAGACAACAAAAUCCAUCAAGAAAAACCGACAACCACUCAAAAUUCUCAACUUAAAUACGACCAAUGUAGAUCAUUCUCGUGAUUCCGACUCAGGCUUUGGUUCUUUUUCCAGUACUUCCUCAGAUAGUGUGGGUAUAGGUGACAUAACACCCUUACCAUUUGUCGAGUCUCAGGACGAUAUCGAAAGGUGCAUUUCUUCCAAUUUAACAAACACGGAUACUCCGUCCCCAGACGCAUUAAUGCGAAUUGUUGAUCUGUUCAAGAAUUUUCAAGAUGGCAUUUAAUAUAUUUAUUUAAGCUUUCUAUAAUAUAUUUGUCAUUUAUUCGUCAUGAAUUUAUCGUAUACGUUAAAUUAUAUAGUUGGCAAACCGUUGUUAAAAAGUUGUAUUUAUGUUUAUGUUAAUAAGUAUGUAUAUUUAUGUAUUGUUAUUAUUGUUAUAAGUAACGAAAGAAGUUUAUACAUCUUAAA